AUGGAGGAUUGGGGUUUGCAAGCAAUUGUAAAAGGGUGCAAUGGAAUACCAAUUGGUUCUUCAACAACAGCAGCAACAACAAGGCUUAUGGAAGAUUCAAAUUGGUAUUCUUUUUUGAGAUCAGAUCAAGAAGAAGAUGAAUUUUUUUCUUCUUGUGUUUAUAAUAGUAGUUAUAAUAAUCCUCAAAUUUCAAGUUCUUCAAUAUUUCAUGAUGAGUUUGAAGGAUUAUUUGGAAGAAAUUCAUCUAAUAAUUCAGCAGCUGCCUCCAUUUCUCAUCUUCUUAGAGAUUUUAAGGAACCUGCAGAUCAAAAGCUUCAUCACAAGAACCAAAUUAUCCAACCAACUAAACAGAAACAAAGCAAGAAAAGUAGACAAAAUAGGGUAGUGAAAGAGGUGAAAGCAGAUAAAGUAUGUUCAGAUUCAUGGGGAUGGAGAAAAUACGGACAAAAACCAAUCAAAGGCUCUCCAUACCCAAGAAGCUAUUAUAGAUGCAGCUCCUCGAAAGGAUGUUCUGCUCGAAAGCAAGUCGAGCGUAGCCUCUCCGAUCCCGAAGUCUUUAUCGUAACCUACACGGCGGAGCACAACCAUGCCGAGCCUACUCGCCGCAACGCCCUUGCUGGGACCACCCGGAAGAAGUUUCCGGCACUUGAGAACCCGAAUUUAGACAUGAUUCUCUCACCUAAUAAUUCAACUUCAGUGGCAUCCAUUGAAGAAGAUCAACAUCCAAUGGAAGGUGUGACAGAUGGGGAAGUUUUGAUUGAUAUGCCAUUUGAAUUCUUCACUGGUUUGGAGGAUUUACUUUUUGGAUGA